GGGACUUUCGCCUUUCAUCGACCGACGACCGCAAUCCGGACCACCGCCCGGCGCCAAUGCGACCGUAGCGCUUCCGACUUCUCCCCUCCUUCGUCCCCGUUCCGUUCCUUAGGCUCAUGACUUUUUGCAACAAAAGUCUUUCCAUACCAACACGAUGGAUAUGAAGGAUGGCUGGAGAGUCCGGCGACUGGACGACGAACCAAUGUACUGCGAGGCUCCCCACGAUGAAUCGGAUAUCUUGUGCGCCAGUUUUGACCACGAAGACCUCGAGAGCCUCAAAGAGAGGAGACGUCGAUAUGAAGAGGCUGCGACUCGCUUUUUGCAGGGACAUACGCCAAGGCUGCUCUCUACAGUUCUAAGAGGCCCUUUCGAAGGAACAGACGCAAAAGGUUGGGUGAAUCCAUGGCAAUCAAGCCGGAAACCAACGUCAGCUGCCACUCCGCCACCACCUCCAGCUGCUGUCGUCAAAACAACCACGGAAGUCGAAGAAACCAUUGUAGAAGAAGUGGAUGUCGAGGAUGCAGCGUCUUGCCAUCUACCGAGCCCGCGAAGCCUGGAUCAACCCAACUUAAGCCCGCACCCUUUCAUGGAAACAGACGAACUAGAACGAGUUGAAGCAUGGCGAAAUACCACGGAAUCUGUUAGCGACACACAGGAGUUUGCUUGGUCACUAGAAGCCUCUCUUUUGCAGCCUCAAUCACAGACACAACGUAAGCGACGGUCAACAGGGUCAGAAUGGCUUAAGCGGCAAGACACCAAACGACGAAAGGCAGAUGAUACAAAUAGUCUCCGGGAGGACUCGGCCGCUACCCAGCGGGAUGGCGUAAGACUGAGCCAAAACGUCAUGCAGAAACAAGUGGACGCUGCCAUGGAGGAUGAGACUGCAAGCUUGAAGAGUUCUCAAAUAAGCCCACAAACCCCGCGUAAGGCCUUGAACUCAAGUGCCAGUCGCCCGCACCAGCAACCACUCUCACAAAGAUCCAACAAACACGCCAGUACUGCACAAGACGAGAUACCAGCGCCCCUGAGCACUCCGAUCCAGACUCCCCAGUCCAAUAGGAAGGCAGUGGUGAAUACUGGAAACGAUGAUCCCCCCAGCAGUGUUGUCACUGUGGCCAAGGAAGAGGAACGGAGUGAAUUCGAGACGCAACAGGACGAAAGCUUCUUAUUCCGUGCAAGGCCAAGAAACCAUGCCCUCAAUACCUUGAAAUCAAGUCCCUUGAAGAGAAUGUCCUCCGGCCAAGUUUCUUCCGCCGCUUCCACUUCUUCGAGCGAGAGCGACUCCCAAGGCGAUGUCCAAGAUUUGGAGGGUGACACUUACAUGGCAGACGACACUAAAGCAACUUCCCCAGGAUCCAGCGAGGAAGGUGGGGACCAACAUUUCCCAGGGAAAGAUACAGCGCAAGGAGGGGAGAGCGGCGAGUCUAUAUCUAAGCCCCUGGGUAGUGACAUAGCCCUCGAUGCGAUGGAAACCGACGUGUACCCCACGAAACCGACGGAUGGCGAAGCUCCAGAAACGGUUGAGAACCUUGAUCAGCAUCUACCAAGCCCGUGGAACAUGGACGUGCCAGUCAUCGCUCAGCCUCAGCAGCAACAGCCGAGGGACAGUGAUGCAACGAGUGCCAUUGACCCAAGCUGUCAGAGUCCUUGGACGGCUAGCCCCACCAAAUUGUGCCAAGCUGCUCAAGAAGCUCUCAUGUCAAAGCUCUUUAAUGUUGCUGAACCAGCUUCGCCUUCUCCGCUUGCUCCCACCGCUACGAUGACGCCUACAGGUCCGGCUGUCACUAUUGAACAGCCCAACAACACUGAGACCUCAGAGCCAGUUUCGCCUGAGCCUAUCUUCUCUAUCAAGUCCUUUGCGAACUUUUUGUCCCCAUCGCCCGAAAAGCCACGUCGGCGUCUCAACAAGACUCGCCUCAGUGGCGGUCACCUGCCUAGUACGCAGAAUCUCAUCGCCGCUACAACCAACAAUCCAUGGGAAACCAUACAAAAGUCUGCCAAGAGGGUCAGAUGGGCUUUACUGCCUAACGAAGUCGAAGGCGAAGAAUCUUUAGAGAGCCGGGAUCCUCACACGCCUACAACGCAAAGAGCUGCUUCGCCGCCGCCGGAAACCGCAGUAACUGAUUUGCCAACCGGCGAAGACGAUCAGUAUAAAAAACACUUCCAAGCUGUUUCCCUUCGGCAAAGGCUCCAUCACCAUCUCUUGCCUUCAGCAUCUCAGCAAGUGUUGCAAAGCCCGGGCCCAAUGGCCAUGGCAGAGGCUUUUGUCUCUGCUGACUCCUUCCGAGCACCUCCAGCCCCAAUGGCCUUUGUACAUGUCGAAGAUGCCCCACUGGCGCAAGACAAUACCGACACGCAAGAGUCCGCCGUGGAUGAUGUUGACGACGUGCUUCGUAAUCUUAACGAGUUUAUCGAAAUGGUGGAUGUCGAAGCUGAUCUCGCGAGAGCCAAGGAAGAAGAGCAGAAGCAGGUUGAGAAACAGCAACAGCAGCGAACAAGCCAGCCUGUAAGCAACAGCUACACAGGGGGCUUCACUUUCGACGGGAUGAUGGACGCAGGAGUUUGGGAUUGAGAGUCUGUUAUCAAAGAAGGUGUCGUGGACGAUGCAUCAUAUAUUACUGUGUUCGGACGCAAGCAAGGAGCAGCUGCGCAGGCGGCGUCAUUAUGCGAAUUAUUAUACUAGCGAGG